ACGGUGGAUGGAUUGCUAGUAUACUUCCCAUACGAUUAUAUUUAUCCUGAACAAUAUGCGUAUAUGUUAGAUUUAAAAAGGGCCUUAGAUGCUAAGGGCCAUGGCGUUCUGGAGAUGCCUUCUGGUACAGGAAAGACAAUUUCUCUACUGUCUUUGAUUGUGGCUUAUAUGAUCCAGAAUCCUCACCAUGUGAGAAAACUAAUAUACUGUUCCCGAACACUACCUGAAAUAGAGAAGGUUCUUGAAGAGCUGAAAAACCUGGUAAAGUACUAUGAAGUCCAUCAGGGAGAGAAACCGAAUCUUGUUGGUUUAGUUCUCAGCUCUAGAAAGAAUCUCUGCAUACAUCCUGAGGUAUCAAGAGAAAGGGAAGGCAAGCUAGUGGACGGAAGAUGCCACUCACUCACAGCCAGUUAUAUCAGAGAGAAGCACGAGAAAAACAGUGAAACUCCUAUUUGUCAAUUCUACGAAGGCUUCAACCGCGAAGGCAAGGAGUCGAUGUUGCCGUACGGAGUCUACACUUUGGAUGAUCUUAAACAAUAUGGCGCCGAUAGGAAUUGGUGUCCUUAUUUUCUUUCCAGAUUCGCUAUAAUUCACGCAGAAAUCAUAGUCUACUCCUAUCACUACUUAUUAGAUCCUAAAAUAGCCGAUGUGGUUUCAAAAGAACUGAAUAAAGAAGCAGUGGUGGUGUUUGAUGAGGCGCACAACAUAGACAACGUGUGCAUAGACUCGCUUAGCGUUAAGGUUACUAGAAGGACCAUAGACAAGAGCACACAGGCUUUGCAACAGCUCGAGAAAACUGUCGCACAUAUUCGAGAACAGGAUGCGGCGAGGCUGACCGUGGAAUAUGAGCAGAUGGUGGAAGGCCUUCGCGACGCCGCCUUCGCUAGAGAAACUGACAUGGUGCUUGGAAAUCCUAUAUUGCCCGAUGAGGUGCUUAAUGAGGUGGUCCCGGGCAAUAUUAGAAAUGCAGAACAUUUCCUAGGAUUUUUGAGAAGGUUCAUCGAAUACCUGAAAACGAGACUAAGACUACAGCAUGUAGUACAAGAAUCUCCUGCAGGUUUCUUGAAAGACGUGGCGUCACGAGUGUGCAUCGAACGUAAGCCGCUACGGUUCUGCGCGACGCGCCUGAACUCGCUGAUGAAGACCCUGGAGAUCCCCGACCCCUCGAACUUCGCGUCCCUCACCCUCAUCACCCACCUGGCGACGCUGGUGUCCACGUACACGAAGGGCUUCACAAUCAUCAUAGAACCGUUUGAUGACAAAACGCCUACGGUUUCUAAUCCUAUUUUGCAUUUCUCUUGCAUGGAUUCGUCAAUAGCAAUGAGGCCGGUCUUCGCAAGGUUCCAGUCAGUUAUAAUAACGUCAGGUACGUUAUCGCCACUGGACAUGUACCCGAAGAUUUUGGACUUCAAUCCUGUCAUCAUAAGCUCCUUCACCAUGACCUUGGCGAGGCCUUGCAUUUUGCCCAUGAUAGUAUCUAAAGGCAGCGACCAAGUGGCCAUAUCGUCCAAGUACGAAAGCAGGGACGAUGUCGCUGUCAUAAGAAACUACGGGCAACUCCUAGUUGAAAUUUCAGCGUGUGUGCCAGAUGGUGUAGUUUGUUUCUUCACGUCGUACCUUUAUUUGGAGAGCGUUGUCGGCGCUUGGUACGACCAAGGUGUUGUGGCAAAUUUACAAAAACACAAACUACUCUUUAUUGAAACGCAAGACUCUGCAGAGACGAGUUUCGCGUUAAUUAAUUAUAUUAAGGCGUGCGAGAGUGGGCGGGGCGCCGUGCUGCUGUCGGUGGCCCGCGGCAAGGUGUCGGAGGGCGUGGACUUCGACCACCACCUGGGUCGUGCCGUGCUCAUGUUCGGCAUCCCCUACGUCUUCACGCAGAGCCGCAUCCUCAAGGCGCGCCUCGAGUACCUCAGGGACCAGUUCCAGAUUCGAGAAAACGACUUCUUAACCUUCGACGCGAUGCGACACGCGGCUCAAUGCGUUGGCAGAGCGCUGCGAGGCAAAACGGACUACGGCAUCAUGAUCUUCGCGGACAAGCGCUUCAAUCGCGCCGACAAACGCACCAAGCUGCCGCGAUGGAUCCAGGAGCACCUCAAGGACUCGCUCUGCAACCUCUCCACCGAGGAGGCUGUGCAGAUCUGCAAGCGUUGGCUCCGUCAAAUGGCCCAGCCUUUCACGCGAGAAGACCAGCUCGGCGUCUCACUCCUCACCUUGCAACAGCUACAAUCACAAGAGCAGCAGGAAAAAAUUGAAAAACAGGUCACUCAGAAAUGAUAGAACUGUUUAUCAAGGCCACUAUCGUGCCCUAGAAGGUCAUCUCGAACUGGAUAUCAGGCAAUGAAAGAAAGAAAUAUUCUCAGAAAGUCGUGAGUCAGUCUACUUCAAGAUAAAUAGUUGCUGGAGAAACAUUUCUCAAGUAUCAUAUCAAAUGAUUUCUGCUUUAGUAGCAACAAUAAACCAAAUGCAUAAGAAAGUAACUUUUUAUACAAAUUCAGAAGCAUCGAGUAUA